GACCGCAAUGUAUACGCUGUAGACAUCAAUUAGGUUUUUUCUUCUCUCUCACAAAAUAGCUUUAAGCCGACUCCCAAAGCUGAUAAGUUAACACCACAAGCUUUGACUCUGAAAUCCAGUAGGAAGUAAAUCCAAUUCUCAAACGGCUGGAAAAUGGCGUCCAAGUUUGGGUUGGCUGGUGGCAUACCGGAGCGUAGAGUUCGACCCAUUUGGGAUGCCAUUGAUUCUCGCCAGUUCAAAAAUGCUCUCAAGCACUGCACCCCUCUCCUCUCCAAAUACCCCAAUUCCCCUUAUGCUCUGGCACUUAAAGCUUUGGUUUUGGAAAGGAUGGGUAAAGCGGAAGAAGCAUUUUCCGUUUGCUUAAAUGCCAAAGAGCUUUUGUACACUAAUGACUCUGUCUUGAUUGACGAUCUUACUCUCAGCACUCUACAGAUUGUUUUCCAGCGACUUGACCACUUGGAUAUGGCAACAAGUUGCUACGAGUAUGCUUGUGGGAAAUUUCCGACUAACCUGGAUCUAAUGAUGGGUCUCUUCAACUGCUACGUCCGCGAAUACUCUUUUGUGAAGCAACAACAGAUAGCUAUUAAAAUGUACAAGAUUGUUGGUGAAGAAAGGUUCCUGCUUUGGGCAGUAUGCAGCAUUCAGUUGCAGGUUCUCUGUGGCAAUGGAGGAGAGAAGCUGUUACUCUUAGCAGAAGGCCUGCUGAAGAAGCAUAUAGCUUCCCAUAGUUUACAUGAACCGGAAGCUCUUAUUGUAUACAUUUCCUUAUUAGAGCAGCAGUCUAAAUAUGGAGAUGCCUUAGAACUUCUUACUGGAAAAUUUGGGUCUCUUAUAAUGACUGAAGUUGAUAGACUACGUUUGCAGGGGAGGCUUCUUGCCAGAGGAGGUGAUUAUGCUGCUGCAACUAGCAUAUUCCAGAAGGUUUUAGAACUAUGCCCUGAUGACUGGGAGUGUUUCCUCCAUUAUCUUGGCUGUUUACUGGAGGAUGAUGGUAGCUUGUGCAUGGGAACAAAGAAUGAUUCUACUUAUCCUCUAAAGUCGAUGGACUCCCAUGUUUCUCAUUUGACAGAUGAAGCAUUUGGUUCUCGGCUAUCAAAUGCGUCAUCUCUUGUACAAAAGUUGUUAACAGAGGCAAGUGAUGAUACUGUAAGAUGUCCAUACUUGGCAAAUAUUGAGAUUGAAAGAAGAAAACUUUUACAUGGAAAGGGUGAUGCGAAUAAGUUGACGCAGGUUGUGAUAGAAUAUUUUUUCAGGUUUGGACAUUUGGCUUGUUUUGCUUCCGAUGUUGAAACGUUUUUACACAUUUUGGAUCUUGAUAAGAAGACACAGCUUCUGGAGAAGUUGAUGGAAUGCUGUGAACCUAUUCCAACAAAUCCCAGAAAGACUCUUGGGCAGCAUAUUACUGUCUUCAAAAUUCAAAAUAUUGUUGGAAGCAUGUUCACUCUUCCACUAAAUGAGCUGGAGACAACAGCCGUAAAGAUGACACAAUUGUACUGUGAAAAUCUCCCACUGUCAAAAGAGUUGGAUGCUCAAGAGAGUAUGUAUGGCGAAGAUCUUCUGUCUAUGGCGUGCAAUUUGUUGGUUCAGCUCUUUUGGCGUACUAGGCAUAUCGGAUAUCUGGUGGAAUCAAUUAUGAUCUUGGAAUUUGGUUUGGCAGUACGAAGACAUAUUUGGCAGUACAAGAUUUUACUGUUGCAUUUGUACUCUCACUGGAAUUCUCUUCCAUUGGCUUAUGAAUGGUAUAAAACACUGGACGUCAAGAACAUAUUGUUGGAAAGUGUAUCGCACCAUAUUUUGCCACAGAUGUUAUCAUCGCCAUUGUGGGCUGAUUCAACAGAUAUUUUGAGGGAUUAUCUAAGAUUUAUGGAUGAUCACUUCAGAGAAUCUGCUGAUCUUACAUUUCUUGCAUAUCGUCAUCGGAGUUACUCUAAAGUUAUUGAGUUUGUUCAGUUCAAGGAGCGAUUGCAACAAUCUAGCCAGUACUUGAUGGCAAAGAUUGAAACACCCAUUCUGCAGUUAAAGCAGAAAGCAAAUAACAUCGAAGAAGAGGAGGGCAUUCUAGAAAGCUUGAAACAUGGAGUUCAGUUUCUUGAGCUCUCAGAUGAAAUUGGAAGCAAAUCAUUGACCUUCAAUGAAGAAUUGCAGCUGCGGCCCUGGUGGACGCCAACAUGUGACAAAAAUUAUCUCUUAGAGCCAUUUGAAGGAUCAUCUUAUUGCACUCGAGAGACCUUGUAUGAUCAAAUCAAACAGUCUCAAGCUAAAGUGGUUAAAACAAUUGAGAAGAGGUCCUUUUUACCACGAAUGAUCUAUCUGUCAAUUCAAUGUGCUUCAUCAGCUGUCAAGGAAAGUGUUGAAGCAAAUGGUGUUGUCUUUGACCCUAAACUAUCAUCAGAGAUGAGAUUGUUACUCGACCGGUAUGCCAAUAUCUUGGGAUUCUCCUUCCAGGAUGCUGUAGGGCUGGCUUUUGAUAUUUCGAGUGGCCUUAAGGACUCAGGGGCAUGGAGCUGCAAUCUGAUUGAUUGGAUGAACUUUCUCGUGUUUUUAAAUGCUUGGAAUCUUUAUUCUCAUGAAGUAGAUGGAGAUUCAAAUACAUGGCUUAUUGUGAAUUCAAUAUUGAAGAAAUAUAUCCUGGAUAAAGUCGGAUCAAUGGGACCACUGGAAUCCUCACCUGGAUGUGAUCUUCCUAAUCUGGUGCUUUUAGUGACAGAACCUAUAGCUUGGCAUAUACUGGUGAUUCAGUCUUGUGCCAGAUCGUUAGUGCCUUCAGGAAAGAGAAAAAAGAAAGGCGGACCUGCAGAGAACUUUAACGUUCAGCUGUCUCAGGAAUUACAAGAGUCGAUUCUGUCUGUAUGCGAGACUAUAGAGCUGGUCAGGCAAUGGCUUAACCAACAAAUUAUCAAGUCAGACGAUUACAAAUCGGAAAGCAUACUUUCAUCACUCCUAAAAGAUAAAGAGGAGGGACCUGGGAAGGUCUACCGAGUUCUUGAAUCUUUAACUUCUUCCUCGACAAGUGAUGCGGAUUUUGGUGAUCGGAUCACUCGAGCAUUGCAGUCCUGGAGUGCUACCGAUAUUGCUAGAAAAAUCAUUUGUAGUCAGCGCACUGCAUUAUCUAGUUUCCUGAAAAUUUGUGAUUCAAAAAUCAAAUCAUUACAGGCAUUGAAAGCUCAUUUAUAGCUGGAGAAAUAGUGGAUUCUGUGUGUUGCGAGGACUGAUUGUUCCGAGUGAUUUUCUUGCUUCUCUAGGCACUUUUUUUUCACCAUAUUUUCUCCAGUUUUAAUAGUGGUCAGAUGUAACGUGGGCAAGCACCAGGCUGAGGCUGGUAUCUCAUUCAAUGUUGCAUAAAGUUGUAUUCCGUCCAAUUUUUUCCUUCCAGGUUUCGGUUCUGCUCAACUAUAUAGAAUAAACAUGAAAUUCAUUAUCCGAGUAUCUCAUUCGUUUUGCCGGCUUGUAAUAUUUUAAAGUAAUUUGGGAUUUUAUUUGUAUAUUGCUGUUACCUA